UCAAGAGAAUGGAAAUUGGAAUCACUUGAAAUAAAUUCAGAAAUGAAAAUCUCCAGUGGGCCGCGGCACGUUGGCUGUGAACCACUGCACUACAUGCUGUAUCGGUAUUUAUUAUCUUCUGAACCGAGUUUAGCAAACCUUCACAGAGGUAGUAAUAUGGAUGAGAUUACCGCAGCUCUGAGUGCAUCAUUUCAAGUAUCCAACAAUACAAAUAGCAUUUAUGCUGCUCAUCCCCGACAAAGUGAAUACAAAAAGAAAACUAGUAAUGAUCAACAUACACGACGUCAAAAAUAUCUUGAAUUUCAAAAACAAAAGCGUGUGGAUUAUAAAUUACAUGCUCGUCGACUUGCUAUGAAUGAUUGGAGUGAUGAAGACGAAGAAUUUGAAGAUGAAAAUGAAACAGAAAUGGAAGUCAUUUCCCACGUCAAACCUCCUCGAAGAUAUAAAGACCAAUUAAUGUUAUCUGAAUGGCUUGUGGAUAUUCCUCCAGAUUUUGAAGAAAAUUGGUUAAUGAUGCUUUGCCCUGUUGGACGUCGCAACCUUGUAGUUGCAGCAAGAGGAAGCACAAAUAACUACUCCAAGAGUGGGUAUCGUAUUGAUACGUUUACAUCAGGACUUCCUGGUGGUAGUAAAUACUCUUCAUCUGGUUAUACAUUACUGGAUUGUAUUUUUUCCGAAGUGGAUAAAACUUUCUAUAUUCUUGAUAUUAUGUGUUGGAAUCAACAUCCUGUAUACGAUUGCGAUACUGAAUUCCGAUUUUUUUGGUUAAAUAGUAAAAUUCAAGAAAUGUCUAAUAAUCCUAACGAUUCAUAUCAAUUUAAAGUUUUACCUAAUUGUAAAUGUACAAAAAAAAAUAUGAAUAAAUCACUAGAAAAAGGUUUAUCGAAAAAUACAGACGGUGUCUUAUUUUAUCACAAAGAAUCUUUUUAUACAUUUGGCACUACCCCAUUAGUUCUAUGGUUGAAGCCAGAUAUGCUUCCAGAAAUGCUUGGAUUGAAAUUACCUGAAAUAGAGAAUAAUUCUGGCAUGGAAUGAAUUUUAUGAACUCUAAAUAUAUCUAAUGCAUGGGAGAUUUGUUUAUAAUGUGAACGAUAAAAUAUAUAAUUAUUUUGAUGCAUUGUCUGUGUGUUUCUAAAAAAACUAAUAUAUUUUCUGAUCAAUAAAAAUAUCUGCAACUCAUUUAAUGAUAAACUUAUGCCAAAAAUCUUCAAAGUGAUUAUCUUUUCACUAGCCUAAAUAUGUUCCUUGGGUUUCCACAAUUUAACAUGGCUGAAGCAUGGCUGUGAAGCCGAAAUUUGGCGUUUUGCUAUCAAUGUAGGAAUUCGGGUUUGGAGUCAAAAUUUGUCUUAAACCAGGCGCAAAUUUUUCUCAUUGGUUGAUAAUAUAUCUCUCAUGAAAUAGUAAUUUUCUGAUUUUCCCCGCCAUUGAUGAAUUGUGACAAAAGAGGUAUUGAAACACCAGUUUAAAAUUGAUUCCUCUCUCAACUCUAGGAUAACAGAACAAAGUUAUUUGAAAAACAUCUAGCAUUUAAUAACAUUCAUUCCAUUUAUUUUGAAAAUUCCAACUCUGACUUUUGACUUUCAUGAAAUCAAAAUUUCGACAUUAAAGUGUUCAUAUAUACUAUUCUUAAACUUUCAUGAAUUUUGAAAAUAUGAUCAUAAAAUUUGUGAAAUAUGUUUAUCAAAAGUUCGUGAGUACAACAAAAUAGUUGAAUUAAAGUUGCAUUAGGUCUAAUAGAUGAUUGGUUUAAUUUCGACUUCAGGAAAUGAAUUAUUAUACUUGAUUCUGUGUUGCACUGAUAAAUAGUUAUUUUAAAAAGCAAUGCACUAGUAUAGACUGCUCUGUGGUAAUGUAUAUUUUUCAUAAUAUUGUUAAUUUUUUGCAGA